AAUCACACCUUACUAUAUAUAUUCCCCUUUCCAAAAAGUCUCCUCCAUUACUCAAAAAAAAAACUUUGCAAAAAAAAAAAGAAUUAAAAUGGAGGGGUUGAUACCAUUUGUUUACAAAGCAAUAGUUGAGUACAAAAAUGGAAGGGGAACAUGGAUGUCUGAAUCUCCUUCGACUUCUUAUAUGAAACUUCCAGGCGAUUCAGGACGUUAUGAAACGUCCGAUUUACAAUUUUUUGGUCAUGUUGAUACUAUGUUUUCGACUACUUCAUCAUCGUCACCUUCUGCGAGUACUGUCACCAAAAGAAUAGUGUCAAAUGGAGUUCAGUCGCCCGCGGCUAGGUGUCAUCGGAUUUCUUCUCGUGCUAUGAAGUGAUUCGAUGAUCUUGAAGUUGAAGUUGAAGUUGAAGUUUAAAAAAUAAUAACUUUUGCUAAAGGAAAAUCAAUAGCAAAAAGGAUCGUCAGACUUGUUUGGGAUUGAGGGCGUAAUUGUUGUUACUUUUCACGUGUGAUAUAUAAGCUUCUUCUUUUCUACUACUAGUAUUUUUAUUUUCUUUUGUUUGUUGGUUUUUAGUUUGGUGUAAGUUUGAGGAUUAACCAAAGGGACUUCAGACUUUUACUUACUUUGAUGGUUUCUUGUUUGAGGAUAACCAAAGGCAACUCAAACUUUUGCUUUUCUCUGUGUAAAAAUUUGAAGGUGGUCACAUUAUUUUGUGUAUGUAUAUUAUGCAGGAUAUAUUGUCAUAAUUAGUACUGUUUAUUUUAUUUUUGUCA